AUGCGUGAAAUUGUGCACAUUCAAGCUGGUCAAUGUGGAAACCAAAUUGGAGCAAAAUUUUGGGAGGUGAUUUCGGAUGAGCAUGGAAUUGAUCCCACAGGAACUUAUCAUGGGGAUUCGGACCUCCAACUAGAGCGCAUUAAUGUCUACUAUAAUGAAGCCACUGGUGGUAAGUACGUGCCUCGGGCCAUACUCGUCGAUCUGGAACCCGGCACAAUGGACAGUGUUCGGGCUGGUCCCUUUGGUCAAAUCUUCCGCCCAGACAACUUCGUGUUUGGACAAAGUGGGGCGGGCAAUAAUUGGGCGAAGGGACACUACACCGAAGGAGCUGAGCUAGUGGACUCUGUGCUAGACAUUGUUCGCAAGGAAGCAGAGUCUUGUGAUUGUUUACAGGGAUUUCAAAUGACUCACUCUCUUGGAGGCGGCACGGGCUCUGGAAUGGGAACCCUCCUUAUCUCCAAAAUUCGUGAGGAAUAUCCGGAUAGAAUUAUGAGUACCUUCUCAAUCGUUCCAUCACCAAAGGUCUCUGACACUGUUGUUGAACCCUACAAUGCGACACUCUCUGUUCAUCAAUUAGUGGAAAAUACGGAUGAGACUUACUGCAUCGACAAUGAAGCCUUAUACGAUAUCUGCUUCCGUACCUUGAAGCUGACUACACCAACUUACGGCGAUCUGAACCAUCUUGUUAGUGCGACAAUGUCUGGCGUGACGACAUGCUUGCGAUUCCCUGGUCAAUUGAAUGCCGAUUUGAGGAAACUAGCUGUCAACAUGGUGCCAUUCCCGCGUCUACACUUCUUCAUUCCUGGCUUUGCUCCACUUACCAGCCGUGGCAGCCAGCAAUAUAGAGCUCUUACCGUACCAGAGCUGACCCAACAGAUGUUCGACGCGAAGAAUAUGAUGGCUGCUUGUGACCCUCGUCACGGUCGCUACCUCACUGUUGCAGCCAUGUUCCGUGGCCGUAUGUCCAUGAAGGAAGUCGACGAACAAAUGCUCAACGUCCAAAACAAGAAUUCGAGCUACUUUGUCGAGUGGAUUCCAAACAAUGUCAAGACCGCUGUCUGUGACAUUCCACCACGUGGUCUUAAGAUGUCGGUGACCUUCUUGGGCAACAGCACGGCCAUCCAGGAGCUUUUCAAACGAGUAAGCGAACAAUUCACUGCCAUGUUCCGAAGGAAGGCUUUCCUUCAUUGGUACACUGGCGAAGGCAUGGAUGAGAUGGAGUUCACCGAGGCCGAGUCCAACAUGAACGAUUUAGUGAGCGAGUACCAACAAUACCAGGACGCCACGGCUGAAGAAGAGGGAGAAUUUGAGGAGGAAGAGGAGGGAGAGGCCGCGUAA